AUGUCUUUAUCAACAAAAGCAGGAACUGUCCAUCCAACUUCAUUGAACUCAUUCAAUUCAAAUCAUUCUCUUUAUGAUAAGGUGAGACCUGAUUUCCAUAAAGAGUUCGUUGCAAAGUUCUUGGUUGAUUUAGGGCUUGUGAAAAGUGAUGGUUCUUAUGAUACUGAUAAAAAGGUCUUGGAACUAGCUGCUGGUACAGGUAAGUUCACAAAAAACAUUGUGUCUUUAGGUUGGUCAAGAAAUGAUAAUUUGAAAAUUGUGGAACCUUCAUCUGGUAUGCUUGAAUCCUUCAGUAAGAAUUUCCCAGAUGCUGAUGCAAGAUUAGGAUCAAGUUAUGACUUACCAUUAGAGGAUGAUUCAGUCGAUGCUGUCAUUAUUGCUCAAGGUUUCCAUUGGUUUGCUGAUAAAGAUUCAUUGAAGGAAAUCAGAAGAGUCUUAAAGCCAACUGGUAAGUUGGGAAUGAUUUGGAACUUUGAUAGUACUGAAAAUAAUGGUAGUCUCAAAAGAUCAAAAAUUGACUUGAAACUUACUGAAGAAGAGCUUAAACAAAAGGAAGGUUGGGAGAAAAUUGCAUAUCUUUCUCAAUCUAAAGAUCAAGGUGUUCCUCAGUAUAGAAAGGGAUUAUGGAGGGAUGCUUUUGAGGAUCAAAAUUUUUUUGAUUCAGAUGCUGCUAUCAAUGAAUUCCAGCAUAAAAUCUAUCCUUUCGAUAAGACCAUUGUUUAUGACUAUUGGUUAUCGAGAAGUUAUAUAACCAGUCUCCCAGAUGAUGAAAAAGCAAAGCUUAAAAAACAAAUUGAAGAUACAAUUGAAUCUUUACCAGAUUAUUCUUAUGCUGAUAAAGAUAAGAAGUUCUUGACCCAAUUUUUGGGAUCAGAAUACUACGUUGUUUCACCAAUCAAAUAAUGAGAGCGACCACGUCACUACAGUUUUUAAUUUGCUUCAAAACUUAUAGGAUUUCAUAUAUUUUUUCAAUAAAGUCCCAUGCUGUAAACCCAAUAGUAUCAGAAGCCCCUAAUCUGGGUAUACCUUUG